AUCACCGACAUUUUCACACAUUAUCUUCUCGAAAUUGCCCGGAAGAGGAGAAAUACGAUCAUGAUGUGAUGAUAGAAAGCUUCCACACCAAGAUCUUCAACUUCGGGCAAAAAGUAAUGACAGAAAUCGUCUACGAAGUUCGACAAGAAAUUGGGGAUCUAAAGAUGACAGCACAAAUAUCAAGAUGCAACUACACGAAAAAUUCCACCUGUGAAGUAUACCUAGAAAAAGCAACCAUUUCUGACAUCUGCGAUAUUAUCGAAAUGGAAAAUACUGCAUGGACUAUAUAUUUGCAAACUUUUGAUCCACCGAUUACGAAGUGUCCCGUUCAAAGGGGUAACUACACAUCACGUUAUGCUUCUGAAAAAACUGAGAUGAUCGAUUUAUCAGCAUGGUUUUCUGAUGGUUUAUGGAGAAUUCAGAAUAACCUUUACAGUGGAGACAGAAGGGUUGGUUGUUUCAUUACUGAAAUAGAAAUCUUCACACCAGAGCACAACGUUUGAUUAGUGAUUCUUCUUCCAAAUACUCUACAUCUUUAAAUGGACCAUUCUGAUUAUGAUACAUUGAGUUGCACUUAUAGUAAAACGCGUUUUAUUCGCCAUA